AUGAUCCUUAUUCUGCGUUUUUACCCUAUGGGCCUCAAUCAGAUCGGAUACACCACAGUAGUGGUGACUAUCCUAUUCCUAACCCUGUCAGUGAUUGCCAUCGGACUGCGUGUCAAGGCGCGGCAUCUUAAACGUGCUUCUCUCGGCCCAGACGACUGGUUUUCUCUGGCAAGCACGGGCUUCUUCUUCGCCUUUUGCGCAAACAUCAUGGUGUGUGUCUUUACCCGCGGAAGCGGACAAGUCUAUCAAGACCCUGCAGAAUCCGAGCGCCAAAAGGUCAUGUAUUUGAAAGCAUUAUAUGCCAUUACCCCCCUCUACGUCGUGGAUGUCACUCUCGUCAAACUCUCCAUACUCUUCCUUUACCGCCGUAUAUUCUCCAAUUGCGAGUCUCGCCGUACCAAUAGCUUCGUCAUUGCUAUCUGCCUGUUCUGGUUCUCGAUCGCAGUGAUAAGCGGCCUGCUGUAUUGCAGACCCAUACGCCAACAAUGGGAUCCGCACGCGGGAGGAGAUUGCUUCGACUUCAGCUUGUACUUUCUCAUUAUGACCCUUGCCGACUUGGUGAUUGACAUCGUUAUUCUUUCGUUCCCAAUCCCACCGAUCAUACGACUGCGUCUGCCCUUGCGCAAGCGAGUCGCAGUUGCGGGUAUUUUCCUGCUAGGUGCCUUUGUUCUUGUCACCGGAGCCGUGCGGAUUUCCUACGUGUACAGACACGGUGAGAGACACGUGGCCCACGCAGACGCUAUUCUCUGGUCCGUGAUCAACCUCGGCAUUGCAAUUAUUUGCGCCUGUUUGCCAACAUACCCACCUCUACUAUCUUUAUUCCGCCGCCAGCGCCAGGGUAGUUCUAAACACGGCGCACAGAGUCCCCGUGGUAUCAACAGCUCUAGUGCAAAUCGAACCUACAACCAUGUUCAAGGGGAAAGCAAAGACUCCGACCCCUACUGGUGGGGCUACAUCGAUGACGGACAAGGCUGGACAGCCCGCCGCAAAUCCGAGUAUAUGAAGACCCCGGAAUACAACAAGGAGCUUCGACGGCAGUUGCGUCGGGAGCGUAAGGCAAACAAGGGCCGCGUUCCAGUCCCUCAGGCUGCUUAUGGGCAGGGUGGGUAUGGGCAGAGGCCUUAUUAG